AGCUUUCACCGAUACGAUGGCCACCGAGACCUCGGACGCGUUUGAGGGCGCCGGCAACAACAGCAUGUCUGGCGUCUUCACGCCGACGCCGGACUGCGUUGCCGCCGAGCAUCUCUCUGGCGCGCCUCUGCAGCCCAACAAUGUGUACUGGUCCAUGGACGGCAAGCUCGCCGUCGUCGUCCACGACGGCAUCAUGAUCUCGACCUUUGUCAACAAGGACCUCUGCCGCUACCUGCUGCAGCCGCCGUUUGUCUCGCGCACCAACAUUGCGCUCUCCAAGCGGCCAGCGAACACGCGGUAUCCACUGCCGCCACCCGCGUUUUCAGAGGCGACGCCGACUGCCGUCGAGGCGCCGGGCACGAUCAUGUACCGCAUCAUGAACUCGUUCGAAGCUGUCACGAGCGCCAACCCGCGCGAGCUCUCGAUGGCCAAGCCCGACGUCGACGUCUUCCUUCAAGCGUCGUGGGGCCCGCGCGGCUCGGCGCCCAAUGCAGCGUGUGCCCUUCUGGCCUUGACGACGGCGAAUCGCAUCUUGCUGCACUUUCCAUCGUCACUGAACCUGAACUGGGAAUGCUGCGCCGUGCUCUCGGACAUCGUGGCCGCGCACAUGGCCAAGGUCAUGCCCCGCUACGGCCCGCUGCCCGACGAUCCUUCCAUCCUCGUGCCGCUGCCACGCGCCCCCAAGCGGCGCAAGGCCGAACUUUCGUACGCCGAGCAGUGCGACUUUAUGGCAACGACGUGUUUCGCAUGGUCGUCGACGUCGCUGCUUGCGAUCUGCGGUCGCCGGCUCACAACGAUCUGGCACUUUGAUCUGCUCCGGUCCGGCUACCUCGAGAAGACGCCCCGGGUCGAGGUCGACACGGGCGUUCAUGGGUGGCCCACGAGCGCAUCGUGGUCGUCCGAUGGCGAGACAUUGUAUGUGGCGACCGCCAGCAGUCACAUCUUGUCCAUUGUUGUGGCCGAUGGAUCGCUCCGCCGCGUCUGGACUGUCCCGCGGCCCGCACCAAUUGUGAGUAUCGCUGUGGGCGCCAACCAUGUGUUUGCAGCGUUCGGCGGCACGCUCUCGGCGUGGUCCAUUGCUGGCGAGAACGACCAAGUGCCGGUCGUGUGGCCUGCCCACGACGGAACCAUCUCGGUCCUCGCCGUGCAAGCCCGCGACAACACGCUCUUCUCGUGCGCGAUUGACGGUGCGGUCAAGGCAUGGCAUCCCGAUGGCUCGCCGGCCGUGGCUCCGAACCUGCCGACCAAAGGGUACCCCGUGUACGGUCUCAGCAUCUCGCCAAAUGACGCCCAAAUCUCGUGCACGUACAUUGUGCCGCCGGCCGCGCGCCCGUGCCGGACGACCCAAGCGGACACGACGUACAGUCGCGUGAGUGGCGGCCUCGAGCACUUUGCCACGCCGCUCGCCAAGGACGCGCCGACGCUGGCCGAGACGCUGCGAACCGCGCUCGCUGCGACGCCGGCGCGCCUCGAUUCGCUCUUUGACGUACUCGCGCUCUGCUACCACGACUUGGUGGCGUGCACGGCCAAGGAGGCGGAGCUGCGGUCGCUUCACGCCGACACGACCGGCGUCCGGCCCAUGUAUCGACCGGUUGCAGACGCGCUCGCGUCCCAGUACACCCGGCUGGACCACAGCGACGCUUGGGCGGCCCCGACCCUUCUGCAAGCCGCGUACCAGAUCUGGAGCACGGUUCCGGCGUCGCAGAAAGAGUGCCCGGCGUGGGUCGUGCCGGUGAUUCUAGCGCACGCGGCCGAGCGACAUGUGCUGACGGCGUCGACAGCUGCGUCGCUCGACCCAGAUACGCACGUCGCCGCUCUCCUCAUGGCCGACUACCUCUGGCACCUCUCGACGCGCAACCCCGACGCCGCGCCCGUCUCGUUUGCGCUCAAGCCCAACACGCGCACGGCCCUGCGCCAACUCUACACGGCGUACGGCACGGUGGCCGACAUUGCGCGCCUGGACACGGGGGCGGGCGAGCUGCCUGUUCGCGAAGCGUGCGAGUUGUGCGCGGGGCCCGUGCCACUGACAGCGUCGAUUUUGGAACCGGUCUGCGCCAAGGGUCACGCCGCCGAGCGUAGUUUUCUGAGCUUUCGGCUCGUUUCGACCGCGUCCGUGUGGAAGUGCACCUUGUGCGGCAGCUUUGCCAACGUCGAGACGGCACCGACGUUCUACUCUGCGCAUUCGGGCGCCGACCCGCUGCACUGUACCGUCUGCGGCAGCUACUGCCACCUGCUCGCCUAUUGAGUAUAGUAAUACAUGUGUGCGAUUACAUCGA